UUUCAAAUGGCUCUUUGACCCGGAAACACAACAACAUGGGUCUUACUUUGCUAACGGUGUGUCAUCAACACAGCGGGCGUAAGGUUUCCGAGUAGAAAGAGUUCCUGCCAGUUGUCGUCUCUCUUCGGAAGGACGGAGACGUGCUGUGUGUAUGUGUGUGUGUGUGUGUGUGUGUGUGUGUGAAUCCCAAAGUGAAGGCGGCCGCUGGACUUAACGGCACAGUUAGCAAGAAGGCUAACCGCUGAUCUGCUUGAUUCCUGCCGGGAUCCUCAUCAGGGAUGUCCUGCAGCUUGUUGGAAUUCUGUCGGCUCCAAGAGCUCAGAGCCGUUCGGGACUUUUUGUUCCAGGGCCAGAAGCCCGUUGCAGUUGAGGAGCGGAUACAAGCAGAUAAUGAGCUUUCCUGGGACACGUCAGAUUGGGAAUCAGCAUGGGAUGCUGAGAAUAUUAAACCGGAGGAAGGUGUCUCUUCCACAGGGGUGGAGCAGGAUGGUGCAGCACCAAGUGAACCCUGGCUGCAUGACUGUGUUAUUUCCCUCUCUCCUUGCUCUGACCUGCUGGUGGUGGCUCGUGAACAAAAGGCCAUUUUUCUCUCGGCCAAGUGGCGUACAGAUGACAGUGGUAGAGAGGAGAUGACUCUGGGGCUUUCUUGGAGUGGAACGCUCAGCACAGAAGAGGG